UCCUGCCACAGGAGAGGGAGUCAAUCGUCACAUGAUGUCAACAGUUAUGUUCAAGCUGAUCAGUGGCUUCCACAUAAACUCAGAUUCAACCAUCACUAGAAUCUUUGAAGGUGAAUCCGAUCACCUGAUCCCAUCAGUUUCUGCAGAUCUGAUCGAUAACCGCCUGUUCACCAUUGCUGGUAGAAUGAUCGGACAUUCCUUUCUGCACAGUGGACCCAGUUUUCCAGGUCUAAGUCCGGCUGUCCUACAUGUCUUGUUUGGAGGAUCACUGGAAACCGCGCCCAUCACAUUAGAGGACUGCCCAGACCUUGACAUCCGCAGUGUUGUGCAAGCGCUCCGAGGAGAUGCUGACAUUGAAGACAGCGAAUACGUGCAUUAUCUCUGUCUGUACGCAAACCUGCCUCUGCCUAAUGUCACCAACAGAAAGUGGCUGGCUGAAAAACUACUCUUUCAUGCAGUGAUUGACAAGACAAAGUUUCAGAUCGAUCAGCUACGGAAAGGUUUACAAGACACAGGAAUUUGGCCGCUGCUUAUCCACAGGAGCGAUGUAAUCCCAAUUCUGUUUCCAGGAGAAUCGGACGCACAAUUAACACCACAGGUACCACUGCAAACAGCUGUAUGGAUGAUCUCACGUGUCCUUUUGUUCAAACGUUUACUUCAGUCUCAAGUUACCUCUGGGUUUUAAAAGCUCUGCCUCCAUUGUCCCUGUACUUCUAUAGUAUAUAGU